AUGGGCUCUGAAUAUUCACAGAUCAUUAUUUCGUUAUAUUCUCGACAAAAUUACCAACAACAGGAACGGCUCAAACAGUCUGCAAGAUAUUUACGGAACGACGUGGCCUUGUUUAUUUUAGAGCCAAAUUUAAAGCUAUUUGACCUUGAGAUUUUUCAAGAGUUCAUCUUAAUAAAUACUUAUCAGUGUCAUUCUUCUGCACACUGA